CAGUCCAGCAGGGGGCGGUAAAUGGACCAAUCAGCUGCUUUGUCUCAGUGUGACGUCCAGCGGAAGUAAAACUAAAGGCUCCAGCAGCAGCUUGUUUGGACUCAGCUGGAAGACGGUUGUGUUUUCGUAUCUCAGCUGAAUAUUUCAGUAGUUUCAGUAACAAUGUCUUCAGUUCAGCAUCUGAGAGAGUUUAUCAGAGAGCGACUAACUGCUGCUGCUGAAGAAAUCUUCUCAGAGGUUGAGAAAACCAUCGUCCGCUACGAGGAGGACGUCAGACUGCUGGGAACCUGCUGGAAACCCCAGAUAAACACGACCAGAACCGACCUCCAAAAGCCACAUGUCUCCAAUGAGGAGGAAGCUCCUGCCAUCCAACAGCUCUGUAACCAGGGGAGAAGGUCUACUGGGGUGGAACCAGAACUUAAAUGGAUUAAAGAGGAGGAACCAGCACAUCCUCUGGUUGAAGAACAGGAGGACCCAGAACUUCCACUGAUUAAAGAAGAAAACGAGGAACCCGGGUCUUCAUGGGCUAAAGAGGAACAGAAAGAACCAGAUUCUUCACUAUUUGAAGAAUGGGAGGAGCCAGAACCUCCACUGCUUGAAGAACAGGAAGAACCAGAACAUCCACCGAUGAAAGAAGAAAAGGAGGAACCAGAUUCAUCAUGGCUUAAACAUGAACAGCAGGUACCAGAACAUUCACCAACUAGACAGGACCAGAAGGACCUCCAGAUCAGUCAGGAGGGAGAGCAUCUUGUCCAGAAGCAGUUUAUUAUUUUAAUGGAGACUUCUACUCUUCAGGAAGGUAAUCUGAGUGAAGAAGAACCAAGAACUGAGCAGCUUUCCUUUCCAGUCUCUCCUGUAGAUGAAACCAAAGAUCAGGAGGGAAGCAGCUCCACUGUGUCAGAGAGUCGGUCUCCAUCUGACACAAAGAAAAUGUCUUUCAGAUGUGACAUCUGUGGGAGAUCCUAUAAGAAGAACUACACCUUGAAGCUGCAUUACAGAACCCACACAGGAGAGAGGCCGUUUACUUGUGAAAUAUGUGGGAAAUGUUUUUGUAGACGUUAUGAAUUAAAUGUACACCAGAGAACCCACACAGGAGAGAGGCCUUUUUCUUGUCAAACAUGCAACAAAAGUUUCUCUCAAAUUAGUUAUUUAAAUGUUCACAAGAGAAUUCAUACGGGUGAGAGGCCCUUUUCCUGUGAAACCUGUGGGACAUGUUUUGCGAGACGGUAUCAUUUAAAUAAACACCAGGGAACCCAUACGGGUUAGAGGCCUUUCUCAGGUGAGAUCUAUGGAAAAAAGCUGGGUUUAGACCUUUUCUGUGUUAACAUGUGGUAACAGUCGUAUUCUCACUCAUUCAAAGUACCUCAGGGUAACCCACACUGGGCCCUGAGGUCUUUUUCAUGUCAAAUAUAUGGAAAAAGCUGCAUUGAAGUUGGCAGGCUGACUUUCCACAUGAUACAAAAACACAAAAAAUGAGACGUAGUCAUUAGACAGAUUUACAUUCUAAAUAUUAAAACUCUUUUUGGUACUUUUCUCUUUACAAAGUUAAUCAGAAAAGUCACUCAUUCUGUUUAGACAUCCGAAGAAGAGAAGGUGAGACGUUGGGUUUAUCAGAACUUUCUGUGACCAGGUCUUAACCUGGUUAAAUAAAUUAUUCUGUAAAACUAGAUCCAACGGUAGCAGUUUUUCUUCCUUAAAUCCUUCGCUAGAUGAGACUUUAAUGCAAACAAAUAAAUUUCAUUUUACAGCAAUUUAAACGCACGCAUUGACAUUUAAAGGUCCAUCAGACAUGGCUGACUCUGUGAACAUAGUGCUACGAAAAACCUCUUUCUUUUUUGGGCAACCCCCCAUGUUUGGUACCAUUAGAAACUAGAGAAAGUCACCUUUCCAACAAGGUAUGGCUUAUCUUUCUAGCACCUUCUCCAGUGACGCGUAUCAGAUGCGUACCCUCCGCCUAGCACACAUUGCCCACUACAACCUUUGUGGAACAAAUAUGCUCCAACUGAUUCAAGUCAAGAUGUGGAUUUUUAAAAUCUGAGGCCUUCCAGGGUUUUCACAAGGAUUUCAUAACGUUUUGUAAUGUUUAUUUAGAAAAAUUAAUUUGGCAUGGCUAAAAAAAUGUAUUUUUUUCUUUGUUGAACCAUAAAUAAAUCAGACACAGAAACAGU